AUGAGAAAAAGAUCAAUUUUAAGGAAAGCAAGAUUUUUAUCGCAAAAAGAACUUUCCUGUAUAUUAGAUAAACAAAAUGAGGAGACAAAAGAACAUGAAAGUAUUUCCCUUAAUAAAACAAGCGAACUUAAUACAGAAAUUGAAACACUUAUGAACGAUACUUACAUUGAACUUAAUUUUUAUCUGAAUGACAAUGAAAUUAAGGAUACUACAGAAAAAUGUAAAAAGUCAUCCUCAUAUAUAAAUUGGAGAGGAAUGGACUUUGUUAAUUUAGUAUUAAAUGAAGAAAAAAGUUAUAAUAUUUCAAGUCUUGUUGAUUGUUGGAAUAAAAAACAAAGUUCUUUCGAGACGCAAAUACAUAAUAAAACAACUUCAUCAUGUACUUUGAAAAAUUUUGAUUAUUGUGCUGUUUUGAAUAAAAAUGAUGAUUGCACCAAUCCUUAUAAAGAUAGUGAUAUACCUGGGUUAAUAUCAUUACCAUAUGGCCAACUCAAUGAGGAUGAUCAAGAACAAAAUAAAAAAGAUAUUAUUUAUAAAAGACUUACUAGGUUUACUGAUAUUACUAGUGAUAUAUCUAAUUACUAUUAUAAAGUAUAUGAACGUGAUGAAAGUCAACUUAAUUGUGGAAAGUGGAGUAUGUAUAUAUAUAAGAGAGGAAGACAAUUUGUUAACAUGAACUACUAUGAGUUUUACUUGGAUGAAUCUUUUAGAAAAGAUUCUACUAAUAUUUGGAAUGCUUAUAGCACUAAUAAGCAAAAGAGUAUAUUAAAUGACACAGGUAAUCGAUGUAAUAUGACAUCACUAAUUUAUGAAAUUAAAAAGAGAGAGAAUACAACUGAACGAUAUGAUUUAUCUUGGAUUCGUUCAGAUGAUCAUGAUGAAUCUGAUGAAACUUUAUAUCCUACAACUUCAUUACCAACUAUUACACAACCUACAGUUGAAACGUCAGAUACACCACAUGUUAGUAUUGGUGUACACUCAUUAGAUGAUGAUGCAAAAGCUAUUAUUGGCGGUUAUAAUGAUUCUAUAAAUCAUCCCAUAAAUGCUAUAGCAUCACCGGGUGAUAAAGAUAAAUGUGAAAUGGCUGAAAAAGCUGCAACUACUGUUCCUCUAGGAGGUCCACCAAAACCCAAUUCUUUAACUUCAAAUAAUUCGAAUGGAUAUAACUCGUCUAAAGCUGAGCCUGCAAUUUUACCUUGUUCUACAGGUGAUAACUCUAUGCCUCGUACUACUAUCGUUGAAUCUUCUGAAAGUAAUACUACGCCUUCGAAAACUAUACCUUCUCCUGAAAUUACAUCAUCUCUUACAACCAUUUUUUCUGCAGAUAACAAUUCAUCUUCCUUAGGAAUUUCUGCAUCCCCUAUCACUGAAUUUAGUAAUUUUACAGCUAAUGUUGGUGCUUCUCCAUUGAAUUGUACACAUUCUACAAAUAGCCAUGCAUCUCAUAGUAAUAUAACUGAAUCUACUACAACAAAUAAUUGUACACAAUUAUUUAAAGGAUGCUGUCCCCAAACACAAAGUUCACAAAAUACACUUACUCAUGCUGUACAACCUAAAAAUUUACCAGUCAUUCAAAAUGAAACAUUAGCGAAUAGAGUGAAUGUAAGUCCAAGUAUGAAUGUUUUAAGUAAUUCUACCAUACCAACCCCACUGGAUAAUGAUACUGAAGCUACACCUACUGUUAAAACCACAGGAAAUGUACUAAUAACAAUCGUUCCAAUAGGUGUAUUCAUUUUAGGAAUUGUUCUCCUUUUAAUUAUUAUAUAUAGAUGCACUCCUAUUGGAUCUUGGAUUCGUAAUCGAAAAUCAAAGAAAAAAAAAAUAAGAAAAAAGAUAAAAAAAUUUUCAAAGAAACCAAUACCAUUAUCUACAAAUAACGUAGAGGAUGGACCAAUGAAUAGUAGAAAUCACUCUUCAUUACAACCUGAAAAACAAAAAUCACCAUGUGAGGUUAGUUUUGAAAGUGAAAAAAAUUCGAAACAUGAGCAGAGGGAAAAAUCCAAAGAACGUAAAGGAAUAUACAAUAAAAAAGGAAAUAUACGCAUUUCUGAUGAUACAGAAGAAGGGUCAAAUAAAAAUGAAAAUGAACUUAUAAGUGAAGAAAAAUUAUAUAAAGAUAAUCCUAAAAGUGAAAUUGAAAAAAUGGAAUUGAAUGUAGAUGAAUCCAGAAAUGAAAUUAAAUACGAAUUAAAUAAGAAUAUAUUAGAAGAAAAUCCUGUUCAUGCUGUAGGGUAUAUUAGGAAUGAUACAUUAAAUGAGGAAAUAGAAAAUGAAAUAAAUUUUCAAAAACAAAAACCUACAUGUGAUACUGAAAUGAAAAAUUUAAUAAAUAAAAUGUCAAUCAAGAAUGAUGUAUGUAAUUGGAAUUCAUGGGUAGAUAUACAUAUGACUGCAUUACUAGAGUGUAAAAAACAGGAAUGGAAAUUUAAUAAAACCGAAUUUUUUAAUAUUUCUUUAAAAGAAAUCGAAAAAGAUGGAGAAAAUUCUAAUUUAAAAGAAAUGGGAAAUAAUUUUGUAAUGAAAAUAAAUGAAGAAAAUAAUACUGAUGUAACAGAUAAAUAUAGUAGUAUAUUAGAUAAAUAUAAAAAUGAAGAGUGGUUUGUUAAUUUGAAGAAAGAAUGGGAACAAGAACAAAAAAAAUACUUAGGAUAUUUAGAUGAACAAGAAAUUGAAAAAAUAACAGAAAUGGGAAUAAAUAAUUUUAUGCUAGAUAAAAAAAAAAAUAUAUGGAAGAAAUGGAUAGAAUGGCAAAUAGAACAUUCAUACGAAUACAAAAAUCAGAAUUGGUUUGCACAAUUGCUAGAAGAAUAUGAAAAAGAAGAAAUUCAUGAAAAUUUAAACGAAGAAAAAAUAAAGAGAGAAGGAAAUAAUGGAACAGAUAAAAAUGAAAUGAAGAAAAAUUUGGAAAGGAGAAUUUUGUUAGAUAUUCAUAUGAUGGUAUUAGAGGAAUGUACGAAAGAAGAGUGGGAAAAAGAAGAAGAAUUUUUUAAAACAAACAUUGAAGUGAUAAAAAAUUAUAAAAAUUUGGACGAAGAAACAAACAUAUUAGAUAAUAUAGAAGGAGAAAGAAGUUGGAAUAUUAUAUCAGAGAAAAAAAAAGAGGAAAGAGAAAAAUGGAAAAAAGAAAAAUGGUUUAUUCAGUUAAUGUUAGAAUGGAAAAAUAAAGAAGAAAAAUAUAUGAUGGAGAUAAAUGAAGAAAUUUUAGCAAAAAAGAAUCAAGGAAGAGUAAUAGAUGUUGUCUUAGAAGGAAAAAGCAAUAUAUGGAAAAAACACUGCGAAUAUAUCUGUAAAAAGUGGAUAGAAGAUGACAACAAUGAAGAAUGGUUUACAAAGUUAGUUGAUGAAUAUGAAAAUGAAGAGAAUGAACAUAAAAGUAGAAUUUAUAAAAAAAGUAUAGAAAAAAAAAAAGAAAAUGUAAAAACCAUAGAAAGUUGUGAACCACUAACAGAGUUUAACAAAAAGGGAGAAGAAAAAAUGAGAAAAUAUGAAAGGAAUAAUUUAGAGGAAUCAUAUGAAAUGAAUAAUUCUAAAAUAAACAAAAAAAAAUUAAAAUGGGAGACUUUAAUAGGAAUAUAUAUGGUAAUAUUAGAAGAAUGUAGAAAAGAGGAGUGGUUAUUGAAUAGAGGAAAAUUUUUAGAAACCUGUUUAGAAGAAUUUAUAGAAGAAGAUAAAGAAAAAUAUCCGAAAAUAAUAGAAAAUGAUUUAGCAAUGAUGAAGGAAGAGGAAGAAGACAUUAGUACAUUAAUGGUUGAGAAACAAAAACUUUUAUGGAAAAAAUGGGUAGAAAGAAACAGAAGAAUGUCAGAGAAAUGGAAAAAAGAAGAAUGGUUUAUUAAUCUGAAAAAAGAAUGGAGAAAAGAACAAGAAAAAUAUGAUGAAUUAACAAAUGAACCAGAAAUAGUAGAAAUAGAAGCAAGAAAAAAUCCUAUGCUAGAGAAACAAAAAAUAAUAUGGAAACAGUGGCUAAAAAAACAAAGAAUGUGGUUUAUACUACAUAGCGAGGAUGAUUGGUUUAACAAUUUAUUAGACGAAUACGAAAAAGAAGAAGAACGUGAGGAAGGAAUAACUAAAAAAGAUGCGAAAGAAGAGAAGGAAAUUCAUGAAAAUAUAGAGGAAAUGAAACAAGAAGCAGAUGAAGAAAUAGAGAAAAAUAGACAAAAAAGGGAGACAUUGAUACAAAAAGUUUUGAUAGAAAUACAUAUGACGCUAUUAGAAGAAUGUAUGAAAGAAGAAUUGCAAAAAGAAAAAGCAUAUUUUUUUAAAAAAAUGGUGGAAGAAUUGAGAAUACAAGAAAAUUUAGAUGAGGAUGUUAAAAUAUUGGAAUUAAAAAAAAAAAGUAGUAAUGUUAUAUUAAAUAAUGAUAAAGAGAAAAUAGAGGAAUGGAAAAAAAAAAAAUGGUUUAUUGAGUUAAUAUUGGAAAUUAAAAGAAAAGAAAAGGAAUACAUAAAAGAAGUAUAUGAAGAUAUUAUAGCAAAAAAGAAUGAGGACAAAAUUAGAAAUCCCAUGUUAGAAAGGCAAAAAAUUAUAUGGAAAAAACACUGUGAAGAUAUUCAUAAGAGGUGGAUAGAAAAAAAUAAUAAAGGAUGUUUUCAACACUAA